GAUUGUUUGGGCCAGAAGGCCCAGAACCAUUCCACAUUUCCACUGAAGUGAACUGGACGAUGAGUUUUAGUCCGUACGGUCUAUGUAACUGUAUGCUUUGCAGUUUCACCAUAACAUUUUCUUCUCUUUCUCUUUCCGCAAGUAAACUCUUCCUCCACAGAAACGAGCAACAGAGAACUAACUCUCUGAAGGAAGCCAUACCAAAAACUCCCCAUGGAAGAAGAGGGAACACAGACCCAGCAACUAGUUCUAGCUAAAAAUAUCUCCCUGCUUACCCACUCCGCUGUGAACGACUUGCAGAAAGUUAGCCUUCGCGAUGAGGUCUACAAUGUCAUCGUCUCCAAUGAUAUGGCUCCCUUGUAUCAAACCCUAGCCGCGAACUCGGUACUGACCUUGGAUCAGAAGGUCCUUGAUUCAAUGAGGGCUAAGAUUGAAGAGGAGCUAAUAAAGCUUGAUGAAAAGAUUGCUGAUGCAGAAGAAAAUUUAGGGGAAAGUGAAGUUAGAGAGGCUCACCUGGCGAAAUCCCUGUUUUUCAUUCGUAUCGGUGACAAGGAUAAAGCACUUGAACAGCUCAAGCUGACUGAGACCAAAACGGUUGCUGUUGGGCAGAAAAUGGAUUUGGUAUUUUACACACUCCAGAUGGGUUUCUUUGAUAUGGACUUUGACCUAAUUUCAAAAAGCAUUGACAGGGCAAAGAAACUAUUUGAAGAAGGGGGUGAUUGGGAACGAAAGAACCGGUUGAAGGUCUAUGAAGGACUCUUCUGCAUGUCAACCCGCAACUUCAAGAAAGCAGCUGACCUUUUUCUUGAUUCUAUUUCAACAUUUACAACCUAUGAGCUUUUCCCUUACGAUACUUUCAUAUUCUACACUGUUCUCACAAGCAUUAUUACGUUGGAUCGUGUUUCCCUAAAACAAAAGGUAGUCGAUGCACCAGAGAUCUUGACAGUUAUCGGAAAGAUUCCUUAUCUUUCUGAGUUUUUGAACUCCUUGUACGAUUGUCAAUACAAGGCAUUCUUCUCCGCCUUUGCUGGCAUAACAGAGCAUAUCAAAUUGGACCGCUAUUUGCACCCACACUUCCGUUAUUACAUGAGGGAGGUGCGAGCUGUUGUUUAUUCCCAGUUCUUGGAGUCCUACAAAAGUGUGACCAUUGAGGCAAUGGCCAAGGCAUUCGGUGUGUCCGAGGACUUCAUUGAUACCGAGCUCUCUCGGUUUAUUGCUGCUGGUAAGCUACACUGCAAGAUCGACAAAGUUGCUGCAGUGUUAGAAACAAACCGCCCUGAUGCUAAGAAUGCUCUAUACCAGGCCACCAUUAAACAAGGGGAUUUCUUGUUGAACCGAAUCCAAAAGCUUUCGCGAGUUAUUGAUCUUUAAGGCAAUAUCCUCCUGCUCUAGCACAAUCAUUCCAGAUGUAGUCAUUCACCUCCCCUUCAACAUCAAAAUAUGGUUCAAUUUUAUUCUGUAACAAAAGAAAAGACCCAAUAUGAUUCCUUCUGUUUUUUUUUAAUUGUUUGAAAUGAAAUGUUUUCUUCCCAUUAGGGUUUCAAGUCUAAAUCAACAUGCUUGCCAUUCAGAAUUGUGCUAUGCAAAAUUGCAAACGUAUUUCCACUUAUCUUACUCUUCUAGCUGGCUGUCAAGGUCUUACUUGUAGGGCAAUCUGGCUAUUUUAACUAUGGAGUACUUAUUAUGUGUUAACUGCAAGUCUGCA